GCCCCACCGCAGCAGCAGCGCAAAGUGGGUGAGGCAAAUGAAACAAGCAGAGAGAGGGAGAAAAUCAAUAGAGGGAGAGACUCAGGGAGGGAGGAGCCGCCUGAUCAGCCAUUCGUCUCUCACAGGGUCCCAGCUGGCACGGGGGAAAAGGGGUGUGUGUGAGGAUUGACUAUUGUGUAAAACAGGAGGGAGGGGGGGAAGACAGAAGGAGAAAGAAAAGGGGGGAGAGAGGGGAAGGGGGGGACACGAAGCAUCAUUUGUUCCACCUGAUCUUGGGCAAAGCACCAGUCUAGACUGACGCCAGCUUGCAAAAGGGGCUCAGGUUGGAGGGUAGGAGCCGGCUCUGUCCCUGCAGCAGGCGAUCACCAUGUCCUACCAAGGCAAGAAGAACAUCCCCAGGAUAACAAGCGAUCGUCUUCUUAUUAAAGGAGGCAGAAUCGUCAAUGAUGACCAGUCAUUCUAUGCUGACAUUUACAUGGAGGAUGGUCUCAUAAAGCAAAUUGGAGACAAUCUAAUCGUCCCUGGUGGAGUUAAAACCAUAGAAGCCAAUGGGAAGAUGGUGAUCCCUGGAGGAAUCGAUGUCCACACUCACUUGCAGAUGCCAUACAAGGGGAUGACUGCUGUGGAUGACUUCUUCCAGGGAACGAAAGCAGCCCUGGCUGGUGGAACCACCAUGAUCAUUGACCAUGUGAUCCCUGAGCCAGAGGCCAGCCUGACCGAAACGUAUGAGAAGUGGCGAGAGUGGGCCGAUGGGAAGACCUGCUGUGACUACUCCCUGCAUGUGGACAUCACCCACUGGAACGACAGUGUCAAACAGGAAAUACAGAUGCUCAUCAAAGAAAAAGGAGUUAACUCCUUCAUGGUUUACAUGGCCUAUAAGGAUUUGUACCAGAUGUCAAACACAGAGCUGUAUGAGAUAUUUAGCUGCCUGGGAGAUCUAGGUGCAAUAGCUCAAGUUCAUGCCGAAAAUGGGGAUAUCAUUGAACAGGAACAAACCAGGAUGCUGGAGAUGGGAAUAACUGGCCCAGAGGGCCAUGUACUGAGUAGACCAGAGGAGCUGGAGGCAGAAGCCGUCUUCCGCGCCAUCACCAUUGCUAGCCAAACCAACUGCCCUCUGUAUGUGACCAAAGUGAUGAGCAAGAGUGCUGCUGACCUCAUCUCGCAAGCCAGGAAGAAAGGGAAUGUGGUGUUCGGUGAGCCUAUCACAGCCAGUCUUGGCACAGAUGGGACACACUAUUGGAGCAAGAAUUGGGCCAAGGCUGCUGCAUUUGUGACCUCUCCACCUUUGAGUCCAGACCCAACAACCCCUGACUACAUCAACUCCUUACUGGCCAGUGGCGACCUGCAGCUUUCGGGGAGUGCUCACUGCACAUUCAGCACCGCACAGAAAGCAAUUGGGAAGGACAACUUCACAGCAAUCCCAGAAGGGACCAAUGGCAUCGAGGAGCGGAUGUCCGUCAUCUGGGACAAGGCAGUGGCCACAGGGAAGAUGGACGAAAACCAGUUUGUGGCAGUGACGAGCACCAAUGCUGCCAAGAUCUUCAACAUGUAUCCAAGGAAAGGGAGAAUAGCAGUGGGGUCAGACAGUGACCUGGUCAUAUGGGAUCCUGAUGCAGUGAAGAUUGUCUCGGCCAAAAGCCACCAGUCGGCAGCUGAAUACAACAUCUUUGAAGGAAUGGAGUUGCGUGGGGCUCCGCUGGUUGUCAUAUGCCAGGGGAAGAUCAUGCUGGAGGAUGGCAACCUUCAUGUGACACUGGGAGCUGGGCGCUUCAUUCCCUGCAGUCCUUUCGCAGACUAUGUCUACAAGCGCAUUAAAGCCAGGAGGAAGAUGGCCGAGAUGCAUGCUGUGCCCAGAGGCAUGUAUGAUGGACCCGUGUUCGAUUUGACAGCCACGCCUAAAGGUGGAACCCCUGCAGGCUCCACCAGGGGAUCCCCCACCCGGCAGACGCCUCCCGUCAGGAAUCUCCAUCAGUCUGGAUUCAGCCUGUCAGGUACCCAGGUCGACGAAGGUGUUCGUUCAGCCAGCAAGCGCAUUGUAGCGCCCCCUGGAGGCCGCUCCAAUAUAACCUCCCUGAGUUAAGCACCCAAACGGGGAAGGAAACACCAAUAUUCAAGGGGGAAAAUGGUACAUUGGUAUUUAAGAAGGAAAAGCAAUUAAAAACCGUUAAGAGCUGAAGAAUCAAUAAGCCUCAAGCCUUAUGUUUCACAAACGCUAUUUGCUACCUAGCUUUAAAAAUAUUACUUUAGUUUCUGUUUAUGCAUAGCCUUAAUUUUUUUCUUUUUCAUUUUUACAUGCAUGCAAAUCUGACAGGUCACUAAGUUAAGAGUCUGUAAUAUACGUGUUGAGUGCUUGUGUGAUGCCGCAUUGUAAGGAGGGGGCGGAGAAAGCUGGGAUGACAGUGACAUGAACGAUCUAGCUAGGCAGGUUAUUCAGAAGGAAUCGGUGUGGGGGUGGGUUGUGGGGAGGGAUUGUGGGAGGUGGAUAGGGGCAAGGUGGGUCUGUGGGUUGUGACAAUGUUCAUCUGUUUCCACUCAAUGCUGGUCAGAUAUGGCUGCCUCUGUCUUGUGUUGUGAGGCCCCUCGGGAAGCUCAGUCAUCUCUGUAACAGCUCUGUUGUAUCGCCUCAUGUAAGACUUUAUUACUUUGUACAUUUUAUUAAAAAACAGAAAGCAAGUGUUCCUUCCAAA